CUCUUUCGAAACUUUUUCGAGGACUUGAGCGAUCAAUAAUUGCUGCGAUCAACACGGAAGAGUCAAUCUGUUGUUUCCUCAUUAUUGCGGUUAAUGCUAACUAACGGUUGGUAGAUGAAUCGCGUUUCUGAAUCGACCAACCAAUCAGCGACUCGAGAGUUUGCCAGUAGUCGUCACAAGUCACAAUUAUGGCUGCACCCGUAGGGCCACGUCCCGAACAAAUCAAACCGUAGUUUUUAAAACGAUUCGCUAAAAUAUCGACAUUUUUUCAAAAUAUUACACAACUAUUUUCAUCUGAAUAAAAUAUUGUUCCUAUCAAAGAUUUUAUAAAAUUUUGAAAUCAAUAAGUUUUGUACAAUAAUUUUACAGCUUAUAAUUUUGUUGUAUCUUUUAGGAAAUAAAAUCUACAAAUAAUAUUACUAUAAUGUUAAUAAAUAUAAACAAAAGAAUAAUUAAUUACAAAAAACAUAUGAAUAUGAAUAAAACUUUGACAAACAAUGAUAAAAAUGGUGAGUCCACCAAAAGCACGUUCAAAAUAGAAAUACUGAUAAAGGAAUGUGCGUGUAUAAGGUAACUUUAAAUUUUCACCCCAUAUAACUUGCAAAUUACUGGUGACUUGCUUGCUGCUACUCGAAUGCGAUGGUGCGUAUCUGUGUGCGACAUGAGAGCGUGAGAGGGUGUUGGUGCGUUUGUGUAUACACUUGUCAGCUUAUCAUUUCGCAAAGGCGCAUUCAACAUCGGCUUAUCUAGGACUCCCAAUCUUGAACAUACGUGCUGAAGAAUUGUGUAUAAAAAUUAUUGAAAUCCCCAAAAAUCGUUGAAAGUUACAUUCAUCAAUAAAUAAUAGUUCGGUGCCAAAAUACGUUGAGCUAGUGUAUCAUUGAUAAAACCGCGGUUUUGUAAACAUAUAAUGCCUUUGGCGAUAACGACGAUUCCCUGGAAUGAGCCACAAAUAAACGAAAAGCCAACACCAGAAAUUCUUCCAGCUGAACAUCAGGAAGAAGCCAUGUCUGCUUCAUUCCGUCCAAAUACUGCUGAUAAUAACGAGUCCGUCAGUUGUGACGACUCGCAUGAGAUUGAAGUGCGAGAGCUUGUCAGAGAUGGCCAUGAAAAGGCUGAUCCCGGGUGUUUUGAACUGUUGAAAGUUCUGGGACAGGGAUCAUUUGGAAAGGUUUUUCUAGUUCGAAAGAUUGUAGGAAGAGAUAAGGGAACUUUAUAUGCCAUGAAGGUUUUACGGAAAGCAACCCUGAAAGUACAAGACAGAGUACGAACAAAAAUGGAACGCAAUAUUCUAGUGGAUGUUGAGCAUCCCUUCAUCGUUCGUUUGCACUAUUCGUUCCAGACCGAAGGCAAACUUUAUCUGAUUCUUGACUUUCUCAGAGGUGGUGAUCUGUUUUCCAGACUUUCUAAAGAGGUGAUGUUUACCGAGGAAGAUGUGAAGUUCUAUUUAGCUGAACUUGCUCUAGCUCUUGGUCACAUACACAAGUUAGGAAUAAUUUACAGAGAUCUUAAACCAGAAAAUAUAAUGUUAGAUACUCAAGGCCAUUUGUCACUAACGGAUUUUGGAUUGAGCAAACAACCGUUGGAUGACACGAAAACAUAUUCGUUUUGCGGUACCGUCGAGUACAUGGCGCCUGAAGUUGUCAAUCGACAGGGACACUCUUUCGCAGCGGAUUGGUGGAGCUUUGGAGUACUUAUGUUUGAAAUGUUGACUGGAGCGCUACCGUUCCAAGGUGCAAACAGGAAAGCAACCAUGACACAAAUUCUGAAAGCUAAAUUGGGCAUGCCCUUUAACAUUACACGGAAAGCCCAAGAACUCUUACGAGCUCUGUUCAAAAGAAAUCCAGUCAAUAGACUCGGCGUUGGUGGAGUCGAGGAGAUAAAGAAUCACGCGUUUUUUUCAUCAAUCGACUGGGACGCCCUUUUGAGAAAAGAAGUGACACCACCAUUCAGGCCUGCAGUCACUCACGAAGACGAUGCGCUUUAUUUUGACAGUGAAUUCACGAGCAAAACUCCCAAAGAAAGUUUAUUUAUAGAUUCUCCAGGAGUGCCACCGAGCGCCAGUGCCCACGAGUUGUUUCGUGGUUUCAGCUUCAUAGCUCCAGGCUUAUUGGAAGAUCACACAAAGAGUCCGGAACAGAAACACUGCGAAAUCAUAAGCAAUAAUAUUCCCAAAUUUGUGAGCAGCCUCUCGGUUCGAGAUGAAUACGAGUUCAAAGAAGAAAUUGGUAACGGGAGUUACAGCAUCGUGCAUCUCGCUCUUCACAAAGCAUCAAACACUGAAUGUGCCAUAAAGGUUAUUGAAAAGGCGAAACGUGAUCCUACAGAAGAAAUAGAAAUUCUCCUAAGAUAUGGGAGACACCCUCACAUCGUAUCCUUGCGAGCGGUUCACGAGGACGAAAAACGAGUGUAUUUAGUUUUGGAAUUAUUGAGGGGUGGCGAGUUGCUCGAUCGGUUGAUAGAACGUCGGAACUUCAGUGAAAGAGAAGCAGCCGAAGUAACUUACACGAUCGCCAAUGUUGUUAAUUAUUUGCACGAAAAUGGGGUCGUUCAUCGGGAUCUCAAACCAUCAAAUAUCCUGUAUGCAGAGCCCGGCGGAGACCCCAGUACUUUGCGCAUAUGUGAUCUUGGUUUUGCUAAACAGCUCCGCGCUGAAAAUGGCUUAUUGAUGACACCUUGUUACACCGCUAACUUUGUCGCGCCUGAAGUUCUUAAACGUCAAGGCUACGACGCUGCUUGUGAUAUCUGGUCCUUAGGAGUUUUGUUGUACAUCAUGUUGUCUGGGCGAACACCGUUUCCGAAUAGUCCAGGAGACAGUGCGAGUGACAUAUUAGAUCGUAUUGGUCCUGGUUUCGUCGACCUCGAAACUGGAAUAUGGACUCAAAUAUCGAAAGAGGCAAAGGAGCUUGUGCAAAGAAUGCUGCACAUUGAGCCCCGCCGACGGCCUACAGCAUCCUCGAUUUUGAAAGCUCCUUGGUUGUCGAAUCGACAUAGACUUCCACAGAAAAAUUUGCCUGAUCUGGCAAUAGAUCCUCUCAGCCUAAAGGACGAAGUAGCAGCAACUUACAGAGCCAUGACUAACAGCUCAAGAUCACUUCACGUCGGUCCAGUCGUGAUGUCGGACUUGGCACGGCGCAGAACGAAAGCUAAACCGGGUGGAUCGUCGCAGGACUGAGAAAAGGCGUUAUUUUAGUUCUUUUUUUUUUUUUCUUGUAAAUAUAAUGAAAACAAAAGGGCAAAAAAGAUGUGAAAAGAUGAAAAAAGUAAUGCUAUUACAUAAUAUCCAGUAGUGAUGCGAUUCUGGUCUCUCUUCCAAUGAAUUUCCAUUUAAUUUAAUUAAGGAUGUGUAUGAAAUCUUGAGUCAAGGAAAAAAAGUAUAAUUAGGUGUUGAGCUAUUGUUCGAAACAAUCAGCUGAUAGGGAAGAAAGACUUUUUCUUGUGUUUCCAUAUUUAUUCAAAAUUAUUUUGGACUCUAAUUGCAUUGCAGUAAACUCGCAAUGGAUAUUCUUACUGCAAACUUUUACUCACGAAAGACCUGAAAAUAAUGCGUAUUUGAUUGAUCAAAUUGCAAAGUUGAAAGUGAAAAAAAAUAGCACAAGGAACUUGUUAUCAAUCUCGCAAGUCAAUACAUCUUUGUAUUCGCUUUUGAUAGAAGACAAUGAUUGAGGAGAGAGCUCGAUAGCAGUUUCAAAUGGCCAUGAUAUUUUGAUUGAAAACUGUGUAGACUUCAGAAACUGCAAACAAUUAUUGCUCGAAACACAGUUCUAAGGUGCAGUGUUAACAAUCACUCCUGGAUUUUUAGAUCAUAGAAAUAUUCGUCCAUAGUAACGUGAAAGGUGAAAAAAAAAAACUGUGACCAUUUGCAUUCGUUUUACCAGCCUGCCCCUAGAGCUUCGAUACUUUUUUUAUUCGUCCUGUCGUUAGAACACAAAUAAGGUGAAAAUCGAGUAAGAUAGUCCUUCGAAUGGGGUCCUUCGACUAUCGUUGAUCCCUCAUUCAAACUUCCAUUAAAAGUUUUGCCAGAACCUCAUCAAACAUUUCCAUUGAAUAACCGACACUUGUCGAGUACAAUGUAAAUAAGUAACCGAACAAGAAAAAAAAAAGAAAAAAAGAGUCUCGAAGCAGGAAAGUAUUGAUCGACGGAAUUUCUCCAAACUGUAAGCUCCCGCUGUGAUGAUAUACGUACUCACGGUGUUGCGAUGCACACUUCGCCAUAGUUUUAUUCAACGACUUAACGUGAGAUUCGAUAUUCAAGUGAAAAAGUCACUUGAUGUAAGGAAAUGGAACGAAUAAUCGUAAAUCGAUUCUCUGUAAGGAAUGAAAUUUAUCACCUGAAAUUCGAAACCUUAAAAUUCAGUCCUUAGAGAGUAUAAACAUAUGCGCAUAAGAAAUCAGCAUGAGAAAGUUUUUCAGGCUUUUUUGCAAUCUUAGCUCUGCGAGCGGUCGAAAAAAGUUUUCAGAAUAUUGUUCAAAAAGCAAUUGAAGUCGUUGCAAAAUUUUGAAGCAUACAUUUUGUGAGCCUGAUCGUGGAGAAUCCUGUACUUGUAAAUGUAUAGCCUCUUCCAGUAUGAACUCAAUAUUAUUUUUCCAAUGUAAUAAUCCUCUGACGGUAUAUAUUAUUGUCUGUCAAAGUAUCAGUAUUUAUAGAAAUUAAGAGCGCAGCGGGGAAUGCAGUUUUAUUGUAAUAAAUAAUGACAGAUAUUUUAAGCUACGGAUUAAUCAUGAUAAAAAUAUGAAAUUAUAUGUCUUGUAACAUGUAUAAAAACAAAUUGGUCACUCGAUCUGUACACCGGAUCUGGAAGCCCUGUGUUGGAAGAACAAUUAUUUGAAAAUAUUAAAAUUCACCAAAUAAGUGAUCGCAAGUGCAUUGAUUCAGAGCAUAAAACGUUGAAAUAAAUAGUCAAUUAUACUGAGAAAUAUAAAGAAAUGUUUGGGUCUUUUAGACCCACUUGUACUGGAAUCAGCUGGCUGACAUGAACCAGUUUCCGAGCGUUACAGUUAUUCAUUGCAGCAACUUCUGGCUACUUUUGUUCUUGAACAAUGAUCGGAAUUUAAUACAAAAUCGGACUAAAUUCCGACAUUUUUCAAGAUAUAUCAAAGUACUCGGAGCUUUAAGAUGAAAUAAAAUUAUUAUACAGAUAUAAAUGAGCGUUGAAAAUUUUCUGAAUUGUCAAACUUGAGAGAAAAUGAAAUAUUACUGCACCGCAGCGAGAAAAUUUAAGCACGUAGUUUGAAACGAAAAUUCGGUAAAAAAUAGACUCAUGAAAAUGUCAAAUACUAUUUUUAUUUGAGUAGCAACAUUCGGAGACAAGAAAUAGACAGAAAAAUCUUUGAAUUAUUUGUCAUUCGUUGUCGCAGUUGUGUUUCUAUGUCGAAUAACUUGAAAACACAGCUAUUCGGCGUUUACUUUUUUAGUUUACUAAUAAUUAACCUAAAACAUUCGGCUCUAAGGGGCCCUGAAAUAUGAACCCGAAAAUAAUCAUCAGAUACGUAUAUAUUUUUACACGUUUCUUCGAUAUAAUUGUUACAAAAAUUGUAGUUUAGACUAAUUAGAAGAAAAAACAAACAUACGAGUGUUGAAGAAUUGUUCGUUCGCGAUUACAUGCCAUAAAACGCCUUGACUGCUCGACAGUCCGUUCAACUGUUCGUCGUAGAUUAUAAAUGCCAGUGUCGCAAAGAGCCCUUCGCCAUCUCCUUAUAUUUCAUAUAUUUAUAUUGUAAUAAAUAUGUUUUAUGUGCGUUUCAUUUUCGUUAUACAUUUUUUUUUCGAAUUGUAAUUCACUGAUACAAGGAAUCAUCUUUGUAUGAAGAAAGGAACGAGUAAAUCUUUUCCUUUCGGCGAAUAUACUUUGUUUUUUUUUCGUAUUCGUCCCGCUACUCUGCGUCGCGAAGCACUUUUUUUUUCUUUUACUUUUACUCGAACUUGGCAUCAUCGGAAUAUGAGGAAAUUCAAGUCAUCACAAAUCUCCCUAACUUUUUUGAAUUCCGUCUUUUUUUUUCUUCAUUUACUUUAAUUCCUAUUGACAAUAUCUUCUGUCAUGUCUCAACAGCGGUUACGUUAGGAAAUGACGUCGAAAAUACCCGACGGCGGGCCGCGGCGACGGUCCCAAAGGACCGAGGUCGACGAAUAUUGUGGUUUUUAAGGGUUAAAAAGACGUAAACUAUGAAAAAAAAAAACGUCCCGUGUAAUCCAAUCACGUAAAAGCUCGAAAAUGACUUAUUGUGAUUAUGUUUAUUCGAAAAACUGUAAUUGAAAGUCGAAAGAAAAUAUUAUUAUCGUAAAUUCAUGCACGUCCAUUAUUCAUUCGAAAAACUUCGUCAAACUCGUGACAGCUCGAUUAUAAAUGAAUUUAGUCUGAUGUAAUAAUAAAAUGAGAUCAUUGAA